AUGAAUUAAUAAAAAUAACAAUUUUUAUUUCGUUCUUUGAAUUCUUGCUAAAAUAUUACUAGUUUGACUCUAAAUUUAUAUUAUUACAGAGAUAGAUUACCUAUUAUUUCUAGUUUAGCAAACUUCACAAAACUCACAACCUUGAAAAUUUACUAUAUGUCUGGAUAUCAAAGGAUAAAUAAUAAAGAUUGCUUGAAAUUUAAGAGAUUAGUUACUAGAAAACUUAUAUAGUUUUGA